AUGCUGUACGAAUUAGUUGCAAUUGUCCGUCAGGGCAGUCUCCAAGAAGUCAAAGACAUUGCCCGUACCCUCGGCCUCCAAGUAAUCCGUUCCGGCGGUGUUGUUCGCGGAUAUACCAACUGGGGCCCCUUCACUCUCCCACGACCUACAACGAAACACCAGGUGAAGAACACCGUAGGCCAUCACUUUAUCAUGCGCUUCGAUGCCGCCGCUCCUGUACAAAAGGAAAUGCGACGAACACUUGGUCUUGAUCCCCGAAUGAUACGAUAUUCAGUUGUGAAACUCGGCUCUACAUUGAAAGAAGUCAAGGAUAUUCCUGGCCGCAUUGAGUGGAACAACACGAAGAUACAGGAAGAGACAUUUGGAAACGAAUACAGACCCUCGCCCUUGACCAGAUAA